GUCUCUCGAGAGGAGUACAGGAUGUCAGGAGAACCGGGUAGGAGGCACGCGCACGCUCCAAUCCUCGCAUCACCCAUAGUGUGUAAAACUUUACCGUUUUCCCGUUGGGUUUCACUUUGACAACUUAUCUAAAAAAAAAAAAAGAAGAAGAAGAGGAAGAAAGAAAUAAUACGAACAAACACGAGUUCUAUACAUUUCGCCACGGUUUCGGUUUGAUAGCAUCACAGAAGACCUCACGCGCAGCACGGUGUCUCGGUUUGUUUUAUUCUGCACGCGCAGAUCAGUGAAAGACGCAAGGGGAAGCCAAGAGGCAUUUAAAUCGCAUCGACACUCAUUUCCGAAGGUCCCUUGUCCUGCGUGUGCUACCCCCUGCUAGAGCGGAGGUGAUGAGUGUGUGUGGGAGGAAGGCUCUGACGCUGCUGAGCAGUGUGUUUGCAGUGUGCAGUCUGGGCCUGUUGGGAAUCGCCGUCAGCACAGACUACUGGCUCUACCUGGAGGAGGGAAUCAUCAUGCCUCUCAACCAGAGCACAGAGAUACGCAUGUCCCUCCACUCAGGCCUCUGGCGAGUCUGUUUCCUGGCAGGAAAAGAGAAGGGACGUUGCUUCACCAUCGAAUAUGUCAUGCCUAUGAACGUCCAGAUGACAUCAGAGUCCACAGUCAGUGUCCUGAAAAUGAUCCGCUCUGCCACACCAUUCCCACUGGUCAGUCUUUUUUUUAUGUUCAUCGGCUUUGUCCUGAGCAACAUCGGCCAUAUCCGGCCCCACCGCACCAUCCUCGCGUUCGUCUCAGGAAUCUUCUUCAUUCUCUCAGGUCUUUCACUGGUAGUUGGUCUGGUGUUAUAUAUCUCCAACAUCAAUGAUGAGAUGCUGAACAGAACUAAGACAAAUGAAGCCUACUUCAGCUACAAAUAUGGCUGGUCCUUUGCCUUUGCUGCCUUCUCCUUCCUGCUCACUGAGGCGGCAGGCGUGAUGUCCGUCUACCUCUUCAUGAAGCGAUACACAGCAGAAGAGCUUUACCGUCCUCACACAAAUUUCUACGGGCCACGUCUCAGUAACUGCUCUGAUUACUCAGCUCAGUUCCUUCACCCAGACGCCUGGACGAGAGGACGCAGUCCGUCAGACAUCUCCAGCGAAGCCUCACUCCAGAUGAGCUCCAACUACCCCGCUUUGCUCAAAUGUCCUGAGCAUAUCUCCUCCUCCCCCUGCUGAGAGAGCUCACACACAUGCACACAGGAAAGUCUCACUUGAUACAGCUAUUUAAAAUCACUCUAUCAGUAUUUGACGUAAAUUGUUUAUUUUUUUUAUUUUGUCUUGAUAAAGCGUAUUAUGUGCCUCAUGUUUCAAUCCUACAGUACAGCUGCUAGUCAUGCUAAUAUGUAGCAGAUUCGUUAACUCAACCUCUGCCUUUUUCUUCAACAUUUUGUUUUUUGGAGCUUUCAGUGUGUUUUAGAAUUCAUUGUUUUUAUUAAGAUCAAACUUAUCUUAUUGUAUCUCUACUGUUUUAAUUAUGAAAAAAGAUAAAAUGUAGUGAGUGUAAAUAUAUUCCAAAUGGUGAAAAAUGCUAGAUAAGACAGUGUUUCUCAAACCAGGAAGUUUUCUCCUGCCUUAAAGUGUCAUUAAUUAAAGAAGUUCUGUGACCUGCUUGAACAAAUAUCUUGAAUCUGCUCUGAAUGCUGUAAAGUUAUUGGAGCUAUAUUAUACACCAAAUAUGUUUUUACUUAACACAGGUUAUUAGCACAGUUUGUUGUCAGUUCUCAGAUCCCAUGUUUUGGUUGCUUGGAAACAUGAUUGUGUGAAAAAAUGGUAAUAUUACUCAACACUACACGACAUGGCAUGACACGGCACAACAAAGCACAGCAUAACACACAAAACGACAUAACAUGACAUAACACAACAUGACAUGACACGACACAGCACAACAUAAAAUAACAACACAACAUAACAUGACAU